UUAAGGAGGAGGAAGAAUGGCUUUUAGAAUUGAUCAGGACUCAGAACUAGAGGAUAUUAAGGAAACCUUGUUUAAUUCUGCGAUUAAAGGCAAAUGGGAAGAUGUUGUAGAUCUGUACAGGCGACAGCCGAGGGCCCACAAGGCAAAGAUGGUUGUAUCAGGGGAAACGGCGUUGCAUAUGGCGGUCUCAGCUGGCAAAGACGAUGUAGUUGAACAGCUAGUUGAACUGAUAAGUGAGCCCAAGGUGGAAGCUCUCAGUAUUGGAAAUGAUCGAGGAAACACCCCUCUCCAUUUAGCUGCAUCCAUGGGAAAUGCUCACUUGUGCAGGUAUAUCUCAGCCAUUGAUACGCGACUUGUGGCUGCUCGGAAUAGGGAAAAGGAAACCCCACUCUUCUUGGCUGUUCUCCAUGGUCAUACAGAUGCUUUUCUUUGGCUUCGUGAAAAAUGCUCAAGCAAUGAACCGUAUGAAUACUGUCGACGGGGUGACGGUAAAACAAUUCUUCACUGUGCUAUAGCUGGAGAAUAUUUUGAUUUGGCAAUUCUAAUAAUUGAUCUGUAUGAAGAUCAUGUUAACUAUGUUGACGAGAAGGGACUUACCCCUCUCCAUGUCCUGGCGAGUAAGCCCACUGCAUUCAGAAGCGGGACUCACCUCCAUUUCAUUGAAAGACUCAUUUACGAGUGUAUAUACGUCGACAAGCUAAAGACAGUUGAGGAUUACCCUUAUAUCCUGGAGAUUUGUGAAGAAAAAGUAAAGCUCCGGCAGUAUCCUGAGAACUAUCACACAUGUAUGAACUUCUGGAACAUGAUUAAAAGACCAGUAUCUCACAUGAUAAAGAGGAAAAACCAUGGAGACGUGGAUGCAGACAACCCAGAACUACCAGUCAGCCGGAAAGAUUCUCAUCACCAUUCAGGAGUUCUGCAUCGAGCAUUUCCACCAAAUUAUGGCAUAUGCUUGGAGUUCAUCAAAUUUGCCAACAAAGCAAUGCUGGUUGUGUUAGGAUUGGGAUUUGGGAAGAUAAGAAGAAUAGUAGAUAAAAAAGAGAAACAUUCAAGGUCUCUUCAGAUCAUGGAUGAACUACUUAGUUGUGCUUCAAGCUAUGGGUAUAACAAGAAUGGCAGAAAUCCCAACCUAUCACAAUCCGGUGAAGAUGAAGAAACAACACCCUGUAACCUUGUGAAAGAACCAACACAAGAGAAUAAACCUGUUUCAGAUUCUAAUAGAAAUGAGAAAGAAGGAAGUUGUUCAGUAAAUUGUCCACAUGUCAAAAAUAGUAUCAACACAAGAGACACUUCAUCUUCCGGAAGCUCCUUAGAAAUUACCAACAUGAAAAGAGGAGAAAAGAAGAGAACUGUGGAAUUUGGAAACAUGGAGACACCAAUACUAAUUGCAGCAAAGAACGGUGUCAAGGAAAUGGUGGACAGCAUCCUCGAAAAGUUUCCAGUGGCCAUUCAUGACAGGAACAAAGAAAAGAAGAAUGUAGUGCUGUUAGCAGUGGAGAAUAGACAACCUGAAGUGUAUGAGCUUUUACUCAAGAAGAAUAUUCUGAAAGAUAGCGUGUUUGGUGUAGUCGAUAAUGAGGGGAACAGUGCCUUGCAUCUGGCUGCAAUGUUAGGAGAUUAUCAACCUUGGCAUAUUCCAGGUGCUGCAUUGCAGAUGCAAUGGGAAAUCAAGUGGUACAAGUUUGUGAAGAAUUCUAUGCCCCCACAUUUUUUCAGUCACUAUAACAACAAGAAUCAAACUCCAAAAGAGAUCUUUACCGACCACCACGAUGAACUUGUACGCAGAGGAGGCAAAUGGCUAAAUAAUACUUCCAGUUCAUGCUCUGUUAUUGCUACUCUCAUUGCUACUGUUGCCUUCGCCACAUCUGCCACGAUACCAGGCAACUUCAAUGAAAAAACAGGCAGACCGAAUUUUGAACACCAAUUAGCUUUUAAUCUCUUUGCCAUCUCAUCACUUGUCGCUCUCUGCUUUUCGGUGACUUCUAUGGUCAUGUUUCUUGCUAUUCUCAGCUCUAGGCACCAAGAGGACGAUUUUCACAGGGACUUGCCUAAGAAGCUUUUGUUGGGCUUAACAACUCUUUUCAUAUCCAUAUCAGCUAUGUUGGUGUCUUUCUGUGCGGGACAUUUCUUUAUCCUUAGAGAUGAGCUCAAGCGUGCUGCAUUUCCUGUCUAUGCAAUAACUUGCCUUCCAAUAUCAAUUUUUGCUUUGGUGGAGUUCCCACUGUACUUUGAUGUUGUAUGGACUACUUUUAGGAAGAUGCCACGACGAAGGUAUAAGGUGAAUCUCUAGAAAUUUCAUGUUCUCCAUACUACUUGUUGAUACUGCUGGUGAAAUAAAGUGUGUAUAUAUAUGUGUUAAUGUA